CAGAGCUCGCUUUGGAAGGGACCACUCACUGUUUGAGCCCGUAGACGCGGCAAAGUGGGGGCGCAGUUUAUUCUUCCAAAAUCUGCCCGUACCAGCAGUGUCAGUCGACGAGAGCUGAGUGAAUUUCAGGUCUGCAAGACUGUGUACGCCUGGCUUCCCUCAAACUUUGGGUCCAUUACUCUCGUUUCUACUCAGCGCACACAGAUACCGCGUCCCUUGUUUUGCUGUCAAGCAAAGAAUCGGGUUCUCCUUACAAACCGUGUUUUCAAGGAGACCGGGUCCAAAACCCCCUGGUCCAAGGGGAAGCUGCGAGUCCACUGCGAUCUACCCGGGGACUGAUACGGAGUAAUUUGGCUGUCGAUGUGGAUAGCGAGGAGAAACUGGAAUUACUUUAACUUUAUAUUGAACUGCUUCAUCGCAUUUUCGGGCUCUUGCUGAUCGGAACCUUCGCUCCAGUUUGGCAAAACUGGAAUUUGGAGACUAUUUGGUGUUGUUUGCAGAUGCCCAGAGCCUGGCGCUGGGGCACGUGGAGUAGUGAGCAGUGCCUGCCGGCUCCCCAUGGCUCUCCCCGCGGCAGGAGCCCCCGCGGCCCCCGCGCCCUCCACCAGACCCCCGACCCGGUGCCCAUCCCCGUCCCUGGCCCGCCGCCUGCCCCUGCUGCUGGGCAUCCAGCUGCUGCUGCUGCUGCUCCCGCUGCCCGCCCUGGGGGGCACCGCCACGGGCAGAGGACCCAGAGUGCCCAGCGCUGUCUCUGAGUCGCCCUGCCACAGAGCUGAACACCCGCUCAUCUCACACACAGACAUUGAGCCGUGGAUCCACAGGUUCUCCUCCAGAGGCACAGUAGAUUACUCACAGUUGACCUUCGACCCCGGCCAGAAUGAACUGAUUGUCGGAGCAAGGAAUCAUCUUUUCAGGCUUCGUUUGGAGGACCUUGCAUUGAUCCAGGAGGCUGAGUGGCACUGUGAUGAGUUCACCAAGGGAGCUUGCUUCAGCCGUGGCAAGUCAGAGGAGGAGUGCCAGAACUACAUCCGUGUUCUUCUGGUUAAUGGAGACCGACUCUUCACCUGUGGCACGAACGCCUUCACCCCUAUUUGCACCAAUCGAACGCUCACCAACCUGACGGAGAUCCAUGACCAGAUCAGCGGUAUGGCCCGCUGUCCCUACAACCCCCUGCACAACUCAACGGCCCUCAUCACCUCCAGCGGCGAGCUCUACGCCGCCACCGCCAUGGACUUUUCCGGACGGGACCCCGCCAUCUACCGCAGCCUGGGGGGGUUGCCCCCACUCCGCACAGCCCAGUACAACUCCAAAUGGCUCAAUGAACCCAACUUUGUGUCGUCGUACGACAUUGGGAACUUCACCUACUUCUUCUUCCGUGAGAACGCGGUGGAGCACGACUGCGGGCGGACAGUGUUCUCGCGUGUGGCGCGCGUGUGCAAGAACGACAUUGGCGGCCGCUUCCUGCUGGAGGACACGUGGACCACCUUCAUGAAGGCACGGCUCAACUGCUCGCGCCCAGGGGAGAUCCCCUUCAGCUACAACGAGCUCCAGGGCACCUUCUUCCUGCCCGAGCUCGAGCUGCUCUACGGCAUCUUCACCACCAAUGUGAACAGCAUCGCAGCGUCAGCAGUGUGUGCCUUCAACCUGACCGCUGUCACCCAGGUGUUUAGUGGGCCCUUUAAGUACCAGGAGAACUCACGCUCAGCAUGGCUACCAUACCCCAACCCCAACCCUGACUUCCAGUGUGGCACCAUAGACUACGGCUCGUACGUGAACCUGACGGAGCGCAACCUGCAGGACGCUCAGAAGUUCAUCCUGAUGCACGAGGUGGUCCAGCCCACGCUGCCCGUGCCCUAUUUCAUGGAGGACAACGUGCGCUUCUCCCAUGUGGCCGUGGACGUGGUGCAGGGCAAGGACAUGCUCUUCCACAUCAUCUACCUCGCUACAGAUUACGGCACGAUAAAGAAGGUGCUGUCCCCGGUGAAUCAGUCGAUGGGCAGCUGUCUCCUGGACGAGAUCGAGCUGUUCUCUGACCGCAGGAGGCAGCCGAUCCGCAGCCUCCUGAUCCUGCACAGCCGCAGCGAGCUCUUCGUCGGGGUCAGGGACCAGGUCAUCAAGAUCCCACUCAUGCGCUGCAACUUCCACAAGAACAGAGAGGCCUGCAUUGGCGCGAGAGACCCCUACUGCGGCUGGGAUCUGGUCCUGAAGAAGUGCACCACGCUGGAGGAGAGCCUCAGCAUGAGCCAAUGGGAGCAGAGCAUCACCGCAUGCCCGGUUAGAAACGUGACAGUGGACGGAGGCUUCGGGCCGUGGACAGGAUGGAAGCCGUGUAGCCAUAGUGAUGGGGGCAGUGUAGGAGCGUGUGUGUGCAGGACAAGGGCAUGUGACCACCCCAGUCCUCAGUGUGGCGGCCGAGACUGUGAGGGUCUCAGUGUGGAGGUCGCCAACUGCUCCAGAAACGGCGGCUGGACGCCGUGGACGGCCUGGGCACCCUGCAGCACCAGCUGUGGCAUCGGCUUCCAGGUGCGCCAGCGAGCCUGCAGCAACCCCGCGCCACGCCACGGGGGCAGAGUUUGUGUUGGCCAGAACCGCGAGGAGAGGUACUGUAAUGAACACUUGCCCUGCCCGCCUCAUGUGUAUUGGUCAGCUUGGUCGCCAUGGGAACGGUGUUCGGUGCCAUGCGGAGGGGGCAUUCAGUCUCGCAGGAGGACGUGUGAGAACGGCAACGAGUGUCCAGGGUGCACCCAGGAAUACCAGUCCUGCAACACCCUUCCUUGUCCAGACCUCAAGAAGACCACCCCAUGGACGCCCUGGACUCCGGUCAACAUCUCGGACAACGGCGGCCACUACGAGCAGCGCUUCCGCUACACGUGUAAGGCGCGCGUGCCCGACCCCAACCUGCUGGAGGUGGGCCGCCAGCGGAUCGAGAUGCGUUACUGCUCCAGCGACGGCUCUACAGGCUGCUCCACGGAUG